CGAAUCCAUGACAGAUUUUGUCAAAAACGGGCAAUACCCGAUAAUAGGUGUCGUUGAUUUUACGCCAUUCUUGACCUCAAACGACAAUUCCACAACACGUUCGUGGGCCAUUCGUUACAUCAAAACCCCUAAUCCUUGCAACUUUGCUCCAUUAUUUCUUCCAUUUCUCUAUAGGUUUGAUCUCAAACCUAUCGCCGGCGACCACCGUCUUCUCCCUGGAUUCAACCCAUCCGCCAUAUUCCGCCGUCAGGUUAUACGUUAUUAUCUGAAAAGAGCUUAGAAGAUCUUUACUGGCUUAAGUUAUGGCGUCAAAACGCAUCCUGAAGGAGCUCAAGGAUUUACAGAAGGACCCACCAACAUCAUGCAGCGCUGGUCCUGUUGCAGAAGAUAUGUUCCAUUGGCAAGCAACAAUUAUGGGGCCAACUGACAGUCCCUAUGCUGGAGGUGUUUUCCUGGUUUCGAUUCACUUCCCUCCUGAUUACCCUUUUAAACCUCCUAAGGUUGCUUUCCGGACUAAGGUCUUCCACCCUAACAUCAAUAGCAAUGGAAGUAUCUGCCUUGAUAUUCUUAAAGAGCAGUGGAGUCCAGCCUUGACCAUAUCCAAGGUCCUCUUGUCCAUCUGUUCCCUGUUGACUGAUCCAAACCCGGAUGAUCCGCUUGUGCCAGAAAUUGCUCACAUGUACAAGACUGACCGGGCCAAAUACGAGACCACGGCUCGGAGCUGGACUCAGAAGUAUGCUAUGGGGUGAUGAUGAAUGACAAAAAUGUUUGCUCCCCAAAUUCCUGUAACUUAAGUGUGCGCUUUUUGUGGCCUAUCUUUGCCGUCUUCGUUGGCUUUUGAUAUAAUUAUAAUAAGUUGUACCUUUGAAUCUUUGAUUUCAGGCGGCAGUCAUAAUGGCUCUUUUUAAUUUGUGAAUACUAAUUUAGACAUAUUUAUGCUACUAUGGAAAACUACUACGGAGUACAAUGUAUUGUACUAUGGUUUGUAAUCUUGGGUUUAUUAAUGAUUUAAUUCCAUGUUUUGACAAUUGAGCAUGACUCAUCUUUUCAUUUUAAUUUGUGGAAAUAUCCCGUAGAGUCUACUUUAUUUUAUUGUAUUUCAUUUA